AUGGCGAGGGAAUGUUCAUCAGCACCAUACUUCUGCUUCUUCUCAUUCCACACUGUCACUGCACGCACAUCCGAGACUAUGCUGACGACGAUUACAGUUGCACGGCGAUCUCGAACAGCGAUUAGGUCAGGUUUGAUGAACGACGUAGAACACUUGCCACAUUCCUCACACGUGAACCCAACGAGUCUCUCCUGUGUACUGGUUGGAACUGGUGCGGAGGCGCCAGAUGAUUCGUAG